UUCGCGACAUCACUGUAUUGUUUCGAAAUGAACAAUUGACAUACGGCACUGAAUAAAUAUUAUUUGUACAGUGCUCAGUAGUUCGUGGAAAUGAUUAUUUUAGUGAACUUAGCCCAUUUGAUUGCAGAGAAGUGUGAAAUCUUUGUUUCAAACUAUAAGUAAACUAUUGAAAGACGAUACACAAUCACAAUUGUGUAACGAUCGUAUGUAGAAUAUUUUUCUACUGAAGUAUAUUGAUUAAUAACCGUGAUAAAUAGUAAAAAAAGAAACUGUUAACUAUAUUUUUCAAGAUAGUAAAUGAUAAUUGAACUACGUGUUUAUAAUUGUUCAAUAGUGGAGACAAAAAUAUGUUGACUAGUGUUUUUAAUAAAUAGAAAAAAAAUUUGAUGGAAUUAAACGAUCCAUUUUGACAAUGGAUAACAGAGAAGUGAGCAGUAACCCAAAUCCUAGAGAAAAAGCUAAUAUUUUUUCCGUGUUAACGUGGACAUGGACUCUUAGUUUAUUUAAGAGAAGUUAUAUAAAAAAUAUCCACGUAGAAGAUUUAUAUGAUCCUAUAGACAAAGAUAGAUCGAGUAAACUUGGUAAUCGACUUGAAAGACAAUGGGAUGCAGAAAUAGAAAGAGCGAAGAAAAAAAAGCGAAGUCCAAGCUUCUUAUGGGCGAUUACUCGUACAUUUUAUUCCGAGAUUUUGAUGUUAGCUUGUAUUCAAGUUUUCAGCGAAUUAAUUUUGAGGAUAAGUACGCCAUUGCUUUUAGGUGCUCUACUUAAAUAUUUUAAACCAGAACCACAAACUACGUAUGAUGCGGCUCUCACUUACGCCGCAGGUAUGGCUGCUUCUACUUUUAUUAAUGUUAUAUUAAUCAAUCAAUCCAUGUAUUUCGCAAACCAUACUGGUGGUCGGGUUAGAAUAAGCGCUUGCUCCUUAAUCUAUAGAAAGGCAUUGCGUUUGAGUAAAACCGCUUUAGGCGAAACAGCUCCCGGUAAAAUAGUAAAUUUGGUGGCAAAUGAUGUCAGUAGAUUUGAGCUUGUUUUCUUGUUCCUUAAUCACAUGUGGUCAGCUCCAUUGUCAUCUAUUAUUAUAAUAACACUGUUAUACAUGGAAAUUGGAUGGCCAGCUUUUGUUGGCAUGAUCAUUGUGUUCUUAGUAGUACCAUUACAAGGAUACUUGGGGAAACUAUCUUCUAAGUACCGAUUACAAACUGCAUUAAAAACCGAUGAACGUGUGCGGCUGAUGGACGAAAUAAUUUCUGGUGUACAAGUGAUCAAAAUGUAUGCCUGGGAGAAACCUUUUUAUGCUUUGAUCGAACUUGCAAGGCGUCUGGAAUUGAAAGUUGUUAGAAAAAGUUCUUAUAUAAGAGGCAUUUUCAUGACCUUCUUCCUCUUCACCACGCGAAUGGCCCUUUAUGGAACUUUAAUAACAAUGAUGGUUAGAGGCCAGGAACUUUCUGCUGACAAAGUGUUCGUCUAUAUGUCUUACUUCAAUAUGAUGGCCAUGACAAUGUCAUCAAUGUUUGUACGUGGUAUCGCCGAAAUUGCCGAAAGCAAAGUUGCUGUCAAAAGGUUACAGAACUUCCUUAUGUUUGAGGAGUAUGAAUCAGGUAUUUCGAAUAAUGAAGUUGUUAAUAGUAAGAGUAUUGAUAUUGUUGAAUUCAAUAGCAAUUUUAAGAAUAAGAUUAACAAUAGUUCACUUAAAAAUGAUUCCAACCAAUCCGAAGACAAACAAACUACAUACAUUAAUAAUGAUAAUCCAGAUAUUGGAAAGUGGGCUGUUAAAAUAAAUCACAUAACAGCGAAAUGGGAUUUACAUUCGACCGAGACUGUUCUUCAGAAUAUCGAUCUAGAAGUAGGCAAAGGCAAAUUAUACAUUAUAAUUGGGAUGGUAGGUUCUGGUAAAAGUUCACUCAUCUCUUUAAUCCUGGGUGAACUGAAAAUUAUCCAUGGGAGUGCAAUUGUAGAAGGUAGUAUCAGUUACGCUGAUCAAGAUGCUUGGAUAUUUGGCGCUAGCGUCAGACAAAAUAUCAUUUUUGGCAAAAUUUUUGAUAGUCAUAGAUAUCACAAAGUAGUGAAAGCUUGUGCUUUGCAAAAAGAUUUUGACCAAUUUCCUCAUGGAGAUCAAACUAUUGUUGGUGAGCGUGGAAGUUCCUUGUCCGGGGGUCAGAAAGCUAGAAUUAAUUUGGCAAGGGCCGUUUACCGUCAAGCUGAUAUUUAUUUGUUGGAUGACCCAUUAAGUGCGGUUGAUGCUCACGUUGGCAAACAUUUGUUCGAAGAAUGUAUAGAGAAAUAUUUAUCCGGCAAAACACGUAUCCUGGCUACUCAUCAACUUCAAUAUAUCAAAGGUGCUGAUACAAUUGUUCUAUUGGAUCAAGGAACAAUUUACCAGUUCGACGACUAUCAUGCACUUUUGCGUGCUUAUCCUGAAUAUCACACCUUGAUCGCAGAAGAAAAGGACGAAAAACCUACUGAAGAAGUGACGACGCAACCUCAUCUUGAUCGCAAAAUUUCAUCUAUAAGCACAAGGAGUAUAACAACUGAAAGUACGAUAUCUGUCGAUGAUGAAAAAGACGAAAGGGGUAAUGAAAUACAGAACGAUGGUUUCUACGAAAAUACAUCUCGUGGAACAGUGAAGGGCAACCUCCUGCUGAAUUACAUGAAGUCUGGAACAAAUACUUUUGUUGCUCUGAUAGUAAUGCUACUUUUCAUAGCUACUCAGUGUUGUGUCAGCUUAUAUGAUUCAUUCAUUCCUAUAUUAGUAAACGCUGAUGAAUCCCGACGAUACUACGAGCAAAAAUGUGAAAACGAAAGCUCUAUUACUUUUCUUAAUAUGACAGAACUCGAUGAUACCAUAAACAAUAGCUCAACGAUUUACAAAGAAGAAAAUAUUCUACCACAAGAUUAUUACAUGUACAUCUAUACCGGAAUAGUUCUCUCAAUUUUCCUCGUGGGUAUCACACGUUCGUUUACAUUCUAUUCAGUCUGUCUCCGUGCUAGCCAACGUCUUCAUGAUCUUGCCUUCAAUUCUUUAAUUCGCGCCACAAUGAGAUUCUUUGACACUAAUCCAAGCGGUAGGAUUAUCAAUCGUUUCUCUAAAGAUUUAGGUGCCAUUGACGAGUUGUUACCCAAAGCCAUACUCGACGCCACGCAGAGUAUUUUAACUAUAUUUGGAGCUAUUAUAGUCACUUGUACUGUCAAUAUUUAUUUCUUGAUACCAGUUGCGGUAAUUGCGAUACUAUUUUAUUUUAUUAGAAAAGUUUAUCUAAAGACGAGUAAAAACGUGAAGAGACUCGAAGGAAUGACACGAUCUCCUGUAUUUACACAUUUAAAUGCCACUCUUAAUGGAAUCACAACGAUAAGAGCUUAUCAAGCGGAACAAAUUCUUAAAGAAGAAUUUGAUAAAUUACAAGAUACACACACAUCCUCGUGGUUUAUGUUUGUUGCGACAAGCAUUGCCUUUGGAUUUUCUUUAGAUGUAUGCUCUUUCGUAUUUACGUCUUUAGUGACUUUUAGUUUUCUUCUGUUAAAAGAUAAUUUUAGUGGUGGUGAAGUAGGUUUAGCAAUAACUCAAGUUAUGUCUUUGACGGGUUUACUUCAAUGGGGUAUGCGCCAAAGUGCUGAAGUUACAAAUCAGCUAAUGGCAGUUGAGCGAGUACUUGAAUAUUCGAACUUACCAUCCGAGCCAAAUCUUCGUAAUAAGGGUAUAAUGUCAAAGAAAGAAAAAAAUAAGCAGCAAAGGGCGAUGAAAUUGAUUGAGCCAUCAAAGGAUUGGCCAGCUUAUGGAAAAAUAGAUUUCAAAAGUGUUUUUAUGCGUUACUCGGAUGAAGAUCCACCAGUUCUUAAGAAUCUCACCAUGGUGAUCAACCCAAGUGAUAAGGUAGGGGUAGUAGGUAGGACUGGAGCUGGAAAGUCGUCUCUUAUUUCGGCAUUGUUUAGAUUGGCUAAGUUAGAAGGGGUUAUAGAAAUCGACGGCAUCGAUACUAAUACUAUAGCCUUGGAAGACUUAAGAAAACACAUAUCAAUCAUUCCGCAAGAUCCUAUCUUAUUUUCUGGAACAUUACGUCGUAAUUUGGAUCCGUUUACUGAAUUUUCAGAUGAAAUUUUAUGGAAAGUGUUAGAAGAGGUUGAGUUGAAAGAUGCUGUGAAAUUAACCGGCAAUGGUCUUGAUCAUCGAGUACUUGAUAGAGGCUCAAAUUACAGUACAGGUCAACGACAAUUGAUUUGCUUAGCACGAGCUAUACUUCGUAAUAACCGAAUCUUGAUGUUGGAUGAAGCAACUGCGAACGUUGAUCCUCAUACUGAUGCACUUAUUCAACGCACCAUCCGUACCAAAUUUGCACCAUGCACAGUUCUUACUGUUGCGCAUCGACUGAAUACGAUUAUGGAUAGCGACAAAGUUCUUGUUAUCGAUAAAGGAUGUCUUAUGGAAUUUGAUCAUCCUCACACACUACUUCAAAAUAAAGAUGGUCCGUUCUUAUCACUAGUAAAAGAAACUGGUCAGGCUAUGUAUGAGCAGCUUAGUAAAGUUGCAUAUGAUUCUUACAUGACUAAGCAAAAUGAAGAAAAUUGUACUUUUGUGACGAAGCUGUAAAAAACAUACGUUUCAAGGAAAAUUUGAUUAACCAAUAAAAUGAUCAUCCAGUAGAGUAAUUAGUUAGGAUGCGGUUAAUUUAUAUUAUCACUGUGUAAUUCAUAUUUUAAUUUGAAGAUCAACGAAUAAAAAUUCACAAAGAACUGUAUUUAAAUCGAGUCUCUUGUUUGUUUGUUGAUGCGUGUGUUUUUUUUAAGGUGAAUUAUCAAAGAUGACAAUUAUAUCUUUGUUUAUAUUUCACUCGUUAAUAAUUUUAUUUAUUAAAGAACAAAUACAAAUUGAAAACGAACUAGUACUGUUUGAUUACUUUUAAGCUUACUUUAUAAUACUUAUAUAGUAUACAAAAUAUUUACAGUGCCGCUCACGCACUUUUACCCCCCCACG